AGUAAAAUGUCCGAACGUUUAAAAAGAAGAGCGUUAAAAGUCACUAAAGUCAGGUUAAGUUUAUUUUUAUAUUUGUAAAUAAAAAUAUCUCAAAAAUAUUUGUAAAUUUACUUUGAUAAUUGAUAGUAAUCGUUUAAUAUCAAUUUCCAAAUAUGCAAAGAGAACGGCGAUCAAAUGCAGGUAAUCGCUUGACAAAAUUACUGGACGAAGAGGAAGAAUGUCAGGACGAAUUUUACAAGCAAAACUACGGCGGCUUUCAAGAAACCGAAUCGGACAACGAAUACGAAGCCGAAGAGGAGGGCGAAGAUGUCGUCGAUUCAGAUUUUAGUAUUGAUGAAAAUGACGAACCCGUAUCGGAUAAUGAAGAUGAAGAAGGCCAAAGGAAAAAAAGGCGACUCGUUACUAAAGCGUACAAAGAACCCGUUUCAACAGUAAAGGAAAAACCUAAACCAAAAUUAAGGGUUGUUCCUAAAGCUAGAGAUACAGAUUCAAGCAUUUCUUCCGUUACAAAUGAACAUUCAGAAAGAAAAUCUAAACGGAAAUCAACAGCAGCUAAAACAGCAGAGACAGCCCAUAGGAUUAAAGUAAGAGAUCAAGAGCAAAGAAAGAAACCCAAAAGAACGAGAGAGGAAGAGUGGAUUCCUACACAGGAGGAAUUAUUAGAAGAAGCAAAAAUUACUGAACUAGAAAAUCUGAAAUCACUGGAAAGAUACCAAAAAAUGGAGAGUGAGAAAAAAACAAGAAGGGUUAUUAAAAAAACUUUUUCCGGACCUGUUAUCAGAUAUACCUCAACCAGAAUGCCUUUAAUAGAAGAAGUUAACGAUGAAAGCAAUGAAGUUAAGAAAGAAGAACAAGAUGAAGAAACAAAGAAGUAUUAUGAAAGAACUUUUAUCGCUGUGUUAAAUGAUCCCCAUGACUUACUUUUUAAGAAAGUUUUCAAUGUCAAGUCUAAUCCAGUACCUCCAAAAAAAUUAAAAUGUGCAGUUACAGGGUUGCCAGCAUUAUAUGUGGAUCCUGUCACUUCUGUGCCCUACCGUAAUAGUACAUGUUUGAAAAUUAUAAGACAGUCCUAUUAUCAAGAACUGGAGAAAAAUGGAGACAAAUCUAAUCCCAUGGUGGCCGACUUUGUAAAGUGGUAUGUUAAGAAUAAGGAAAGGCUACGGAGGGAGAUGAUUUUGCAUGCUCAAAAGAUAAGUAUCACUUCUUAAAAAAAUGCUUUUUUAUACUUUUUUCAGUUAGGUUCUAUUUUCACUGAUUUAUUUGAGUCUGAUUUUAUUAUUGCUGUAUAAUUUUUAGUCAUAAUUAAAAGAGUAAAACAUGCGUGAAGAUAUUAAAUUCUGUUUCCUUUUUCUUGCUGAUUAUUAUAAAUUUUUUGAAUUUUCCAGUUUUAUGAUGGCUUUAUACUAAUAAUAUUUUAAUAGGAUUAAUGUAGAAUAUGGAGGAUUUCAUGUAAUAAGAUUAUUUUUUCAUAUUUAUACUUAUGUAUUUUAUAAAUACAAAUAUUUUUGUGAGGGUAUGUAAUAUAUGUAAUAUAUUUCUUGAAAUACAAAAAAA